AUGGCCACCGAGAGCAAGCGGGGAGAAACGCGCCGAAUCAGGCCGGGUCCUGACUCCAUUCCCGAUCACCCCGUCGGCUCGAAGUUUGUGCAGGACCUAAAGCGUGCCCUUGCGCAGCAGGACCAGGAGUGGGUGAGCCACCUCCUCCAGCAUCGGGCUCAAUGUGUGGACGCCAUCAUCGAACUCUCCAACGAUGACUGGAUGAAGGACCCAUCUGCGCAAUUGGACCCACUCAUCCUGCUCGGUCUCUGGUCCCUGGAGUAUAAGCAAGAGCUGACCAGUCCUCUGUGCAUCGCUGCAAGACAUGGUUACACUGACUGCCUGCAGUACCUGCUCCAACGAGGAGCCAAGCCCAAUAUGAUUGUGGGGACAAAGAGCGCGCUACACGCAGCCUGCGAGAACGCGCACACAGACUGCACGGAAGUGCUGCUCGAAUACGGGGCCAACCCCAGGCUGCUGACAGAGGAGGGACUGUCCCCCUUGCACCUCUGUGACACCGCGCAGUCCUUCUGGUGUGCGAAACUGCUGCUGAAGUUUCGUGCAGAUGUCAACCAGUUGACUGAGGAGGAUCAGGAGAGUCCCUUGCAUGUAGUGGCCAGACGGGGUCUGCACAAUCAUGUCCACCUCUACCUAAGAUACGGGGCCUCUGUGAACGUCAUGAAUGUCCACCUGGAAUCACCGCUGGGCAGCGCCUGUGCAAGUGCGUGGCGACUGGAGAGCCAGGGGGACUAUCUCCAGGUGUGCAAGGUCCUUAUUAUGUACGGUGCCAAUGUGAACUCUGUAGACGACGAGAAGCGGAGUCCACUCCACAAGGCUUCCAAGAAUGCCAGCCUCCAGCUGGUCCAGCUCCUGCUGAGGCACAAUGCGGAUGUCAAUGCCAUUGACUACAACGGGUGCUCUCCUCUCGCCAACGUGAUCCAGACUGCGCCUUUUAAAGAAGAGCUUAACCCUCAAUGGACCGUCCAAACCUUGCUCAACUAUGGGUCCCGCAGGGUGUGGCCAGCUGCCUUUCCCAAGGUGAUAAAGAGUUGUGCUGCCUCUCCCAAGACCAUCGAAGUCUUGUUCAAUUCAUAUCAACAAAUCCAAGUCACCGAGAAAUGGAUGGAGGAAGUCCCAGAGGAGUUAUUUCAGCUUCACCAGCCAUUCUAUGAGUCACUCUUUGCUCUGGCCAGCAGUCCUCGCUCCUUGCAACACCUGUGCCGGUUUGCUGCCAGGAAGCUGUUUGGCAACCAAUGCCACACCCUCAUCCCCAGGCUGCCAAUUCCAAAAUGCUUGUGUGGAUACCUACUCCUGGAGCCAGAAGGCCUGGUAUAUUAAUCCUUCGUUCUCAUUGUCCCCUCAUCCCUUUCACUGCAAAACACACCAAAUGCAAACAACAUAAAGGACCAUCUGGAGUCUCCAACAUUGGAACUUGGACUAAAAGGGUGAAUAUAGGAGGACAGGUUGAAUAUAUCUUUGACUUAAUGGAAGACAGGUCAGCGGGAAGGGUAUGGUGGUCAGAAUAUUUCUAAUGGUGCAAUCAUUAUCAGUGGGCCCAUCCCAAGGUUUCUGUGGUUUUGACAAAUCUGAUUUUUGCCCCCCAAUUGUCAUCCCCCCCCCCCCUCCCCAGCCUGACCCAUAACCAUCCUGAAGUUGGAAUCUCUUGCCUGGGAUCAGUUUCAUUCCUGCUGGAAAUACUGCGGCAUCCAGUUCAAGUAGAUGUGUGUCAUGUAACCCCAUCCUCCAAUACAGCACCAGGAGCACUAAUAUAGUGGCUCAGCAAUAGAAAUCAAUUAGUAUGGCUGUAAGGAGAAAUCACAGUGAAUGUUUUCCCUGAAACUGAGGUUAAAGUACUAUUCAAGUUGAUUUGGAAGAAGCUGUUCUCUGGGUGUUCAACUCGUCUGCUGUGGCUGGCGGGGGAGGGUUUGAUGUGGUCACUCAAGUGACACAACUUCCCAUUCAAGUGGAAAGCCGAAUAUGUUCUAACCUCAGCACAUGUUACUUUAGCAAACAUGAAUGUGCCAUGCCAAAUCUCACAGUGAUGUAGUGACAUGUUUGGGAGCAUGUAUAAUAUAUGUAUUUUAUGCAAAGUCUUAUGCAUGUGUGUAGCAUGUGGUUAGGAACUGUCAAAACAUCUGUAUUGAAAUUAAUUUCCAAUUUGCAAUAUAAGUGUAGAAUGUGUGAUCACAAACACUGAGAUUUUCAACCCAUGUGUUGCCUUGGUAAAUAUAAGGGGGAAAGUA